GCUACAACUGCUCCUUUAUGCUCUAGAAGACGCAACGACUCGUCCGCUGGCCGUUUUUCAAUUGCACCAUCAGGCUAAUGCAACAAGUAGCAAGUUAGAGAAAUGGCUUUGUAGUUGAAUGCAAAAACAAGUGGCCUGUAGAAACAGCUCCCGCACGUCUGUGGCUUGUUCUACCUUCUCAACAACAGACGUCAAGUUCUGUUGGGAUUAUCGCUGAAUUAUUGCUGUUGGCUGAAAUGUGACCAAUCAAUAAACUUUUGCAAAUUUAAAUGCCCUCUGAGUUGUUAUGGCUGAAAAUGGUUGAUUGUGUGUCAGUGAAAAAUAGCUCACCGAACGUGCGCACACACUUUCACGCCAGUGUAUUGCCAGGACCAAAGCAAAGUGUUGUCAAAGUGAAAAAAGAGCUAGAAGAUCUUGGCCUCUGCCAGAGGUAGAUCCAUCCAGUAUCCUCCUCUGAGCCGGCUUUGCAAUAAGCCUGGGGUUUAAUCUUGUGGCCACUCACCAUGGCUACGGCUAGCCAUUCCUAGCUCAGUGGCAGGUUACUCGGUAGAGCGCUGCCACCUCUGCUGACUGUCCUUCUUGUUUCUUGAUGACUCAGCUCUAAGACACGCAAUAAAGCUCUAACAAAAGCAACCCCUGCUACUAGGGCCCUCGGGGAGUGGAUUGCUGCAGCCGGUCCUCCAAGCCCCCAUUACUGUGACAGGCUCAAACCAGGAUGAAACCAUUCCCUGUCUAGCCCGGACAUCAGAGUUACGUGGGCAUUAAAAUCAAAUCGGAAACAGAGUUUUGGGCCAUGUCACUAAAAAUCCCUCCUAAUUACACACCUUUCAGCCUCUUGUGAUGUCACCAUUUCACUUGCAUCUGAAGAAGUGAGGUUCUUACCCACGAAAGCUUAUGCUCCCAAUACUUCUGUUAGUCUCAAAGGUGCCACAGGACCCUCUGUUGCUUUUUACAGAUUCAGACUAACACGGCUACCCCUCUGAUACUUGACACCAUUUCACUAGUUCGCCUUGACCACUGGAUCGUCUAGGCUAAUGUAACAAGCAAAAAAACCCCAACCAAGCAGAAUUUUAAACCACAGAGGUCCCUUCUAUCCACUCUACAGCCGCACAGAAGAGGGCCGCACCCCCGGGGGUCCAUUGUUUUGCAGCUUAUAUCUACAGACUGUUUCUUGGGCCAGGAGACGGAUGGGUGGGACUCUGCCCGGCUAUGAUGUGGCCAGGACGGGGUUUGCUGUCUUGGCAUAGAAGGACUGUACCACCUGGGUCUGGAUCACAAGGGGAGGCACUUCAAGUGGUUUUAUCUAUUUGUGCCCUAAGAACGUUAACAUGCAGAUGCUCCGGAGUCCGUAUAUCCAGCGGCAGGGAGGUUAAAGGGGAGCAGGGCGUGGGAUCUUGCCAUCCCUGCUAUUAAUGGGGGAUGCGACGUCCUCUCUGCACACACACCCAUGUAGUGGCAGACGCCUGGAAACUGGGCUCCUGAUACAGCUGCAUUGCACAGCAAUCAAUUCAUUCUGCUCACCGGACGCUGGAGGGCUGACGAAGCGGAGCUGCUAUCCCAGUGAUCAGGGUGUGUGGGUCAGAGUCUCAGUCAUGGUUGGAUUUAUCCCCAUUGCGGUUGGAGCAACUAUUGGAUUAGGAGUUGCCACCGUUGGUGUCCCAGGAGCACUCGGGGCAGUUGGCUUUACUGGAGCAGGCAUUGCAGCUGGGACCCCUGCUGCCAAGAUGAUGUCAGCAGCGGCCAUAGCCAAUGGAGGAGGGGUAGCCGCUGGAAGUACUGUGGCAGUGCUACAAUCCGUGGGUGCUGCAGGACUUUCUCUUGCUACCAAAGGUGCGGUGACAGCUGUUGGGGGAGCACUUUCAUUCUUCUAUCCAAAGUGAAAGCAACGACUGCUCUUCCCUCUUCCUCCUGCAGAAACGGCCGCUGCAGCCUGCCUCUUGCUUGUCCUGCCUUCUCCACAAACAGCCCUUACACUCGGUUUGGCUGGUGGCUGAAAUGUGAGAAAACAAUAAAAGCUUUUUGCUGAUUUAAA